AAAUAAUUUUUUUUUAAUAAAAAAAUUAAAAAAAGCUUAAAAUCAAAUUUUAUUUUAAAACACAUUAUAUAAAAACCUAUUUACAUUAAAAACAAACAAAAAAAAUAUUUUUAUAAAAAAAAUUAUCCCUUAUCCCCCUAAAACCAAUAAACACGCCUGAAUCAAACAUGUGCCGUUUAAAGUUAAUGGUGUAACAUUUUUUAACGUAAAAAAAAAAAAUUACAAAAAAUAUUGUUGGUGCUGUGUUGUCAAUGAAAUAAUUCGGCUUUUAACAGUUUUUUUUUUCGAUUGGAAAACAAAUUUAAAAUAAAAUUAUAAUAAUUUUUAAAAAAUUCAAAUUACUAUAUAAAACAAAAUUUUAACGGAAAUUUCAAACAACUAUAAGCUGCUCACCUUUCUUGGGAUUAUUACUAUUGCCAUAACUACCUUAUUGGAUUUAUUUUAUAUUAUUUCUUUGUUAACCCCGGAGUUUUAAUAAAAAACCGCAAAAAUUCAGCCGAACUUUGGAUUACAAUUUUUAACCAAUUAUUUUCUAUCUCAAAGGUACAAUACUGACCUAGGAGCUAUGGACCAGCAAUUUUGUUUACGCUGGAACAAUCAUCCGACAAAUUUAACCGGUGUCCUCACCUCAUUGUUGCAAAGAGAAGCACUUUGCGAUGUUACAUUAGCCUGUGAAGGUGAGACAGUUAAGGCACAUCAAGCCAUAUUAUCAGCAUGCAGUCCAUAUUUCGAAACUAUAUUCCUGCAGAACCAACAUCCACAUCCCAUCAUCUAUUUGAAAGAUGUCAGAUACUCAGAAAUACGUUCCCUGCUAGAUUUCAUGUACAAGGGCGAAGUAAAUGUCGGCCAAAGUUCAUUACCGAUGUUCCUCAAAACAGCCGAAAGUCUGCAGGUGCGUGGUCUCACAGAUAACAACAAUUUAAAUUAUCCUUCCGACCUCGAUAAACACCGCGAUACAGAAGCCUCAUCACCCACUGGCCGAACACCUUAUGGUUCAGCCGUUGGUCUGGGCAUGCGUGGUGAACGGGAAUCCCGCGAUCGAGGACGUGGAGAUUUACGCGAUGACAUACACUCUCACCGCAGUAGUAGCAGUCUUAGUGAACGUAGUUCAGCGGCGGCAGCCGCCGCAGCUGCUGCUGCAGCUGUUGCCGCUGCUAGUGGUAGCAGCAGUUUACAAUCGGCUGCAGCUGCUUUAGGUUUAACCGGCAGUGAACGAUCUCCUAGUGUGGGUAGUGCAAGUGCAGCCGCUGCGGCCGUGGCUGCAGCAGUGGCAGCAGCAGCCAGCCGAAGUGCUAGUGCUGAUGUAUUGAAUAGCCGCGGUGAUGCAGGUAGUGAUCGUGGUAGUGAACGGGGUGUUAACGAUAAUGGUGUGAGGGUUGGUGGUGAUGGUGUUGGUAGCGGCGUUGGUGGUGGUAACGUUGAACGUACCGACGAACGUCGCGGUGGCGAUGACCUUGUGCAGCUAGACUAUAGUAAUCAGAGUAAGAGAGAUCGUGAUAGAGAGGUGUCGACCACACCGGAGCAUAUUAUUAGUAAUAAGCGAAGACGUAAGAACUCAUCCAACUGUGAUAAUUUGUUGACCUCGACCCCAAAUGCGAAUGUACAGGAUAGGCAUUACACUCAAGACUCUCAGGCACCCACAAAUUUUAAAUCAAGUCCCGUGCCAAAAUCUCUUGGCGGUGGUGGUAAUACAUCAGAGACCGAAGAUUCUGGUGGUCGACGCGAUAGUCCGUUGUCGGCGAGUGCUCUUAGUGGUGGCGGUAAUGUUAAUGCAACAUCUGGUGGUAUGGGUUUAAAUCAAUCGUUGAGUAUUAAACAGGAAUUAAUAGAUGCCCAACAACAACAACAACAGCGUGAACAUCAUGUCUCCUUGCCACCCGAAUACUUGCCGCCCGGAGCUUUAAAACAUACAGCCGAUGAUAUGUCGUCGUUAUUGUCAAGCCAUGCUUUACAGGCCGCCGAUACACGAGAGGACCAUAAUGAUACAAAACAAUUACCCUUCGAUCAGUCCGAUAAUAUUGAUGGUGAUAUAGAGGCACACGGUGGUGAUGGUGAUGAUAUGACAGCGUCAAACGAAGAAGAACGCUUACAACAUGAUCAUGAACGCGAACAUGAUAAGCAGCACAAUGAUGAUGAAGAACUGAGACUUGCUCUAGAGGAACGUCGUCGUCGUCCGCCUAUACUUAGAAAUGAGGCAUCAACGUUGCAUUAUGGUGAAGGUGGGAGUGGUGGGGGUGGUGGUGAUGAUACAGAUGAAAUGCAUGAGGGUGAAGAAAUAAUAAUGGAUAAUAAUAACUAUGAUUGCCAAUAUAAAUGUGAGGAAAUGGAUAUAACAAAGAUACGUUGUCAUCAGAGGGAUAUGUAUUUGCAACAGCAGCAUCAUGAUGAACAACAACAAGAUUUAGCACCCAGUAUAACGUCAGCACAUCGUUUGCAUCAUGAGACCCAAUUGCAACAUCAUCAUGCACAGCAACCCUUACAUGUGGUAGCAGCACCUCAGAGUGUUAUUAAUUUGGGAAGAUGUGGUUCAUCAGCCCUAGAUACCUUGGUAGCUGCUGAAGCUGCAGCAGCUGCUCUUUCACCCACAGCCUCUACCACAUCCUCAGCCUCAUUGCAGCAUCAGCAACAUUUGUAUGCAUUGCAACAGCAUCAUCAUCACCAUCAACAGCAGCAACAACAACAUCAUCAUGCUCAACAGCCAACCUCGUCAUCGUCCAGCUCAUCCCUGCAGCAUCAUCAGCAUCCACACCAUCAUCAUCAUGCCAGCUCACAACCGCAACACGGUGGACAACAUGUGGCCAACUAUCAUCAUGGUCAUCUGCACAGACAUCAUGGUUGCAGCAAUACAACUAUUGUUUCGUCAUCAUCUCUUGCCUCCUCGGCCCACGAUAGUGAACACUUAUCAUCCACAUCGGCUUUAACAAAUUCCUCCUCUUCGACAACCUCCUCCUCAUCAUCGGCUGCUGCAGCCGCUGCAGCAGCAGCGGCAGCCGCCGCCAAUAGGCGAGACCAUAAUAUUGACUAUUCUUCGUUAUUUGUACAGCUAUCGGGCACUCUGCCCACCCUAUAUCGUUGUGUCAGUUGUAAUAAAAUUGUGUCAAAUCGUUGGCAUCACGCCAACAUCCAUCGGCCUCAGAGCCAUGAGUGUCCUGUCUGUGGACAGAAAUUUACGCGUCGAGAUAACAUGAAAGCCCAUUGUAAGAUUAAGCAUGCCGAUAUAAAAGAUCGUUUCUUCAGUCAUUAUGUACAUAUGUGAUCAAUUUUAUAUGUAGUCAAGUAAAAGAAUUUAUAUAUAUAUACAAAUAUACAUUUUUAUCUCUCUAACUCUCUCUAUCUCUUCUUACAACUACUUACUUACUUACUACUAUUUCUCUACUAUUACUGACACACUCUCUAUAUAAAUCUCUCUAUCUCUUCUACAUACUUACUAUAAUAAUUAUUAUUA